GGAGGAGCAGGGCGGCGAACGUCAGGGAGCUGCCGGAGCUCAGGAAAGGAUGCCUGCUCCCAGGGACCUGCUCGGUAACCUCGGGCCAACGAACCUCCUAGAAACUUAGCGAUUGCUUUUCGCCGCCUGUCGAGUACAGGAGUUGGCGGGUAGCGCUCAGGUCUGGCACCGUCGGGAGUUUGCACCUGGAGGGAAACGCACACUGAGCUCCCGCUCCGGAGACUGAACGUUUGCGUGUCUGAGCGCUGCCCUCAGCGUGGCACAGGAUGAGGGGUGCAAGGAGAGCUUGGCUGCAAACCCUGCGCGUUAGCCCGGGCCAGGCACUGCCGGGAGCCCGCGCCCCCAGCACAGGCAAACCCGGAGGUCGCGCGCUGGAACCGAGGUGCGGGGGCUGCUCAGGGCGCACCGCAGGGGCCUCGACAUCGCUGAGCCGCGGCCUCUCGGUGGUGCACUGCUGCAGUGGCGAGAACUUGAAUUCGGGGCUGGCUCAGCUCUGCCGUGAGUCCGUGGGAUGGUACCAGAAAACCGCAUUUAAUAGUAAUCAAGUCAGAGGAUUAUAUGAUUUUUAUCUGCCUAGAGAAGAACUGUGGAUCUACAACAUGGAGACUGGAAGAUGGAAGAAAAUCAACACUGAGGGCGACGUGCCACCGUCCAUGUCAGGAAGCUGUGCCGUGUGUGUGGACAGGGUGCUGUACUUGUUUGGAGGACACCAUUCGCGAGGCAACACAAAUAAGUUCUACAUGCUGGAUUCAAGGUGCACAGACAGAGUGUUACAGUGGGAAAGAGUUGACUGCCAAGGAGCUCCUCCAUCAUCAAAGGACAAACUGGGUGUCUGGGUAUAUAAAAACAAGUUAAUAUUUUUUGGAGGGUAUGGUUAUUUACCUGAAGAUAAAGCACUGGGAACUUUUGAAUUUGAUGAAACAUCCUUCUGGAAUUCAAGUCACCCCAGAGGAUGGAACGAUCAUGUACAUAUUUUAGACACUGAAACAUUUACCUGGAGCCAGCCUAUAACUACUGGUAAAGCACCCUCACCUCGUGCUGCUCACGCCUGUGCAACUGUUGGAAACAAAGGCUUUGUGUUCGGGGGCAGAUAUCGAGAUGCUAGAAUGAAUGAUCUUCACUAUCUCAAUCUGGAUACCUGGGAGUGGAAUGAGCUAAUCCCACAAGGCCUGUGCCCGGUUGGCCGGUCCUGGCACUCACUCACACCAGUUUCUUCAGAUCAUCUUUUUCUCUUUGGAGGAUUUACCACCGAGAAACAGCCACUAAGUGAUGCCUGGAUUUACUGCAUCAGUAAAAAUGAGUGGAUACAGUUUAAUCAUCCCUAUACUGAAAAACCAAGGUUGUGGCAUACAGCUUGUGCCAGUGAUGAAGGAGAAGUAAUUGUUUUUGGUGGGUGUGCCAACAACCUCCUGGUCCACCACAGAGCCGCACACAGUAAGGAAAUACUUAUAUUUUUAGUUCAGCCAAAAUCUCUUGUACGGCUAAGCUUAGAAGCAGUCAUUUGCUUUAAAGAAAUGUUAGCGAACUCGUGGAACUGCCUUCCAAAACACUUACUUCACAGUGUUAAUCAGAGGUUUGGUAGUAACAACACGUCUGGAUCUUAAGGCUUCCUAGAUAAUGCCUCUGAUCGCCUUGCAUGGACAACAAUCCUGUAACCGUCACAGAUCAUGGUCAUCUGUAUAAUAUACUGCUGUAGUUUGCAACUAUUUGGUUUUAAUGUGCACGUGAAUGGCCUAGAGAACCUAUUUUUGUGUCUAUAAAGUUUACAAUAAAUGUAUUUCACAUCA